GGAGAAGCUCCUGCCACGUCGCUCUGUCAGAAGCCAUGGCCAUCACUUGUGUUUAUUUAUCAAAACUUCCUACUCAACUGUCCAUUUGCCGUUUGGCUGCCAAGAAAAUCUCUGAAUUUUCCACGGGGAAAGUUCAAUAUCCAGAAGAAGGCGAAAGGGAUAACAUGGGAGAAGCAGAGUGUAAGGACAAAGAAGCACAUGAACCCAAUCCAACGAACGUGAAGCGUGCAUCUGAUCAUAUAAUGCCUCACCUUCUUAACUUAUACGGUUCUCGUCCCACAUCGCGCGACUUUGAAAUAUACGAUACGGAUGCUUCUUUUGAAGACCCUCUCAUGUGUGCCCGUGGAGUGAAGCAGAUCAAAUCAGCAUUUUAUUCUCUUUCUAAGGUUUUUAGUGAAUCAAGAAUUGUUGAAUAUAGUGUUACGGAGAAUACAAUUUCAGCUGGAAAGCAAGAGAUCUUAAUUGACAACAAACAACAAUACAAGUUCUUGGGAAGAAACAUCGACAUGAUUUCUCUGAUCAGGCUGUAUGUUGAGGAUGGCAAAGUUGUUCGUCACGAAGAUUGGUGGGACAAGAAGCCUCUUCGGAAUAGAGAAACAGUUAAGAUUCCAUUGGUUGGUCGAAUGAUGGAACUGACUCGCAGGGGUUCCAUGCUUGCAACUCAUGCUUUAAUGGGGUUUGGGAAGGAUCCUACCGGAUAAUAUCACGGUCGACAAUGGAAAGAAAUGUCAUACACGCUACGGUUCGAGUGCGUGCAUGUCCGUUUCAGUGUCAUACUCCUUAGUUUAUAGAAAGAGGAUAGCAUUUUCAGUGGCGGUUUGAAUGAAUACAAAUAAGCACGCUUGAGCUCCAUUUGAACACCA